AAUAACUCUGCCCCUUACCCACGUGCAACAAUGUCUCUUCCAGAGUGUCCAGUUUGCUUAGUUCUUUUGGAGGUACCAGUGACUCUUCCUUGCUCACACGAGCUUUGCCUGGAGUGCUACAAGAGCUCUCUGGACUCCGCUAACUUUUACUGUCCACUGUGUCGGAAGAGGUUUUCCUCUUGGUCCAGAAAUGUGUCAGAUCCUGUCAACUCUAGAAGGCUGAAGGAGCUAGAGUCCACAUACAGGAGUCUGGGUCCAAUAGAAAGCCUCAGACUGGCCACUACCUUAAGAGAAGGCGAGGAGGAGAGACAAGAAGGGUCUAGCAGCCGCUGUUGCUCCGAGGAAGGUGAAAUAAAUUCUGAAUAUACUCUAGCUGUUGAGAAAUACCAGCUGGAGAGAGACGAAUUGGAAGCUGAGGAUAGAGAAGCAUCGCUUAGGCUACAAGAGGAGGAGGAGGAGCUAGCGAUUGAGAUGAGCUGUCAACUCAUACAAGACGAAAGCCUUGCAAGGGAAAUCAUGCAGAAAGACCAAGAAGCUCUUAAUACUGAGAUAUCAGAUCAAGUAGAAGCAGACAGAAAGCUAGCACUUGAACUUGAAAAGGAACUGAGAAAAGAGAAGAGGGUCCCAAAGUCAACCAAGCAAGAAGUGACACUUUAUAAAUGGUUUAGUGUUGUACCCAAAAAAUAAACAAAACUUUUGAUAUUACACGUGAGCGUAGCAAUUUCAUUGGCUAAAGUGUCGCCCGCCACAUACACGUGGCUCGAGGGAUCUGAUUGGCGGACGUUGGACGGUAAUGAUGAUAAUAAUUAGUGAUCUGACAUUCACCCACUUACUUCCAGUUCCCUUUUAUUUGUACUACACAAGAGAGGCCACGCUUUUAGGAGCAGCUCCCAGCCCCUUCUGUCCUCCCUCACUGGCAGUCUCGCACGCCAGAAACAAAAUA